AUCAACAAUGCAAGCUCAUCGUUGGUUGGUCGUUGUCGAAGGCUUUGCGCUAAAGUUUGUGUUUGGCAUUUUGCCAUUAAAUUUUGAUCGUCACAGCCGGCGUUUGAAGAUACGAAUGAUGGACCAGAUUAUCUGCACCGUUUGCCUGGUGAUGUUCGCUGUGCUGGCACCCAUCGUUUGUACUAUCCUGUACACGAUGAACUUUGAAGUCGACAAUCAAAUCACCAACGUUUUGAGUGCAUUUCAGUUUGCCUUCAUUUAUCUGUUUAUUCUUGUGGUGCAACUUAUGUUCGUUACGAAGAAAGAAACCCUGUACAAGAUGUUGAAUGAAAUGUUUGAUCUUAAACACACGUUGGAACUCGUCCUAUCUCGUCCGAUGUUGGAGUAUCGACUGUACUCGGUGAUUUUUGUCAAGAUUAUUUUUCUGGACAUUAUAAUGCAGCUGCUGUCGCUGUACACGUUUGAAGAAAAUACGUUCGAACGUGCGUCCGUUGUUCUUACCGUGAGUUCUAUGGUGUUUUACGGCAUGAUGUACUACAUUACAAUAAUCGAGAAUUUCAUCCUGCUUGGACUACUGAUCUGUGGAGUGAUGCAAGUGAUGGUGAACAUGAUCGUAAAACAAAUGGCACGGCGUCCAGUGUUGCCGAAACAGCGAGACUCGACAAUCGUGACGCCACCAGAUUUGGUGCAAAUGUACAUGCUCCACUGCAGAAACGUUGAAAUAGCAAACAAAUUCAUAAACACCUUAAACUUUCCUACCCUGAUGCUUACUGGAUGGUACUUUUUCAUGAUCGUUUACUCGGUAUAUUACAUGUACGUGUUUGUAUUUGAAGCAUCGCAACGGGGGAUGAGAAUGGAUGAGGUUAAGGCAUGUACCAAUUCUACCAUCUUCUUCUUGUACCAAUGCAUACAGCUCUAUUUGAUCGUGCUGGUGCCUUCGGUGUACACUGACCAGGCGGAAAAAAUGAUGCGCAUACUAAAUGUCGUUAGUGCUAAUCAGCACCAGCACCGAUUGGCUCAGGAUCGUUUGUUCGAGGUGCUAAUGGUGGACUGUAUGCAGCGUAACUAUUCGAUCAGUAACUAUGGCAUGUACGCAAUGAAUCGGGCACUGCUGUUCGGGAUGAUAGCAACAAUGACUAGCUACUUGAUCAUACUAAUACAAUUCCACAUUCAGAAGUACCAAUGUGAAUUGUAG